AUGUCUCUCCGGUCGACGCCCUCUUUGUCCAAUCUCACCAUAUCAAACAAGUCGAACCCCAUCGACUUGACUGCCGACGACGGCGACGAGAUCUACGACUACCCACGGCAGCUGAAGAGGAUGCGCCUGGAAAAUAUCACUCACCCCAACAACUCUUCCAUUCCAACGACCCAUAGCAUGCCGUCGACGCCUUCUCCAACGCCCUCAAUGUCGUCCUUCACUAUCUUUACUCCAAGUCCUAAUCCUCCAAAUAACGGUCCUUACCGCCCGCCUUUUGCUGGUCCCUCUUCUUUUCAUGCGCCUCCGCCGGUAGCGCCUUCAUCUAUUCCCCAGAAACGACCUUCGGCUCACAGUGUAGAUCGUGCCAUCAUUGACCUGACAGACUCACCGUCGCCGCCGCCUCAAAUGCAGAAACCUCUUCCAUCUCCGAGUCUUGUUGAAUUAUCUCCCAAGACCCCAGUCUGUAUCGGCCAACUCACAGUAACUGCUCUUGUCCUCUAUCCUAUCGAUUAUAUGAUGGCUACAAACCCGGCCUCACCACAAGUUGAAUGGGGUCCAGUGAAGCUUCAGUAUGAACAUGCCCCGAAACCGGAUGGUACCACAGAUAACCUCAACAUCAAAACUCCGACGGGUGAUCCUUUUGGCAUCGUGGAACACAAGGUUGCUAGCAGUCUAGGACAUAUGGUUGGCAAAGGCCUUAUACGCCUAGAGGCCAAGGUGCAGAAAUGCCGAUCCAAUGCUCCUAUUCUUCCGCUCACGAUGCUUGUAUACACACCCAGAGGAAAUGUUCCUGUUGUUGGAGACUAUUUCUAUCAAUGCGGUCUUUUGCUUGAUCAUCCAACUCCCCCAUUUUCGUACAAUGAAAUUGUCAGCAGCAAAACCCCGUACAUGAACCCUCACAAUCCUCCUCCUGGUGGGCAUAAUCGCGUACAGUACGCUCCGAAUCGAAGCGUAUAUCCUCCCGGUGCCAAUGGGAGAUGGUCUACUGCGACGCCUGCAGGGAAGAGUGUGGAAGUUCAGCGAAGUCAGGUGGAUGAACUUUUCAAGAAUAUGAAGAGCGGUGCCGACCUGGCUGAAAUGGAAGCCGCGCCUGAGGUUGCUACACAGCUAUAUCCCCACCAGAAGAAAGCCCUCACGUUUCUCAUGGAACGAGAAAGAGAAAUUAAGACCCCUGAAGGUGUCUUCUCGUCUAUGUGGCUAGCGCGAAAGUCUAUGUCUGGACAUGAUACAUGGACGCAUAUUGUCACCGAGAAGGAAGUCUAUGAGGAGCCUAAGGAAUCCAAAGGUGCCAUUCUUGCAGAUGAUAUGGGUCUUGGCAAGACUAUUACUUGCGUUUCACUGAUAGCCGCCACCCUCAACUCCGCUCUGACAUUCGCAUCUACGCCCUUAGAAACCCCGAGCCUUCCGUGGGGAUCUAGUUCAGAUGACUCACCUCCCGCUCCAUCGCAGUUCGCUGGUAGUGUAUGGAAUAUGCCCGACGUGUCCGAGAAUGGCCCAUCUUCGGCCAAGGCAAAGGCCAAAGCACAGCGCGCGCAGGAAAAACUCGAAGCCGAACACGUAAGGGCUAACAGAAUCAAGGCGAAAAGUCGAGCGACAUUGAUCAUUUGUCCGCUGUCGACUGUUUCCAAUUGGGAAGACCAAUUCCGCGAACACUGGAAUGGUGAAGUCCAAGUCUUUGGCGGUGGCGCCCAGCGCGAAUACGAGACUGGCAAGCCUUUGAAGGUAUAUAUUUACCACGGUAACGCUCGAAGGCCGGACCCCGCAUUCCUAGCGGAUUUCGACGCCGUUAUCACAACCUACGCUACAUUGGCAUCCGAAUUUUCUAAACAGAACCGGAGUAUCGCUACUGCGGAGGUGGAGGAAGAGGAGGAAGGCGCCGGAAGCAGCGAUGGCGGAGGUGUAGAGAUUGACGAGAGAGGAAAUCAGAUUCUCAGACUUCCGAAAACGAAGAAGGGGGGCGUUAAGAGGAAGAAACCAGGCCUUGGGGCUUCAGAAGCGUCAAGUGCUCUGCAGAGCAUCCAUUGGUUCCGUGUUGUUCUGGACGAAGCUCAUUGUAUCAAAGAAACCGGGACAGUGGGCAGUCGCGCGUCCUGUGACCUAAUGGCAGAUCGGCGGUUAUGCCUAACAGGAACGCCGGUUCAGAACAAACUGGACGACGUUUUCGCCCUCAUCAAGUUCCUUCGCUUGCAACCGCUAGAUGAUAAGGCGGUGUGGACGGAAUUCAUUGGCACACCUGUGAAGUUUGGGCAGACCAUGGGCAUUGCUAGACUGCAGACGCUGAUGAGGACGAUAACACUGCGCCGAACGAAGGAGUCGAAGACCAUGGACGGGAAAAGAAUUCUUUCGCUGCCUCCGCGAAGAGAUGAGCUCCGGCUCUUGAAGUUCGACGCCCAGGAGCAAGAGAUUUAUGAUCAGUUCUUCACCGCUUCCAAAGCCGAAUUCAACGAGAUGUCAGACAAGAAUGAAGUCAUGAAGAACUAUGUUGGUAUCCUGCAGAAGAUUCUUCGACUGCGGCAGAUAUGCGAUCAUUUUGAGCUUGUGGAGGGCAAAGAUCUUUACGAACAAGAUGGCACGCUAUCUUAUGAAGAUAUCGUCGCUGCGAUCGCAAAGGAAGGAUUCACAACCUCUCGUGCAGUCGCCAUUUUUGCUAUUUUGAAAGAAUCCGCGACAACACAGUGUGUCGAAUGUGGUUCAGAACUCUGCACUUCCUCCGGAGAGGGUCAGGAUGACGCAAUGGACGAGAUGGGACCCAAAAAGACGAAGAAGAAUAAGGCUUCUUCAAAGGCCCCGACUCGCGCCAGUAGUCCUUCCGUGCCUCGUCCCAUCUUGACACGAUGCCAGCAUUUAUUCUGCCUGCAGUGUUACCGACAAUGCAUACACCCUGCAUGGCCCAAUGUUGCACCUGACAUCUACCGUUCCUGCUCUGCCUGCCAAACGGGCCUGUGUCCUGCUGACGCGAUCGAAAUCAAGUCAGAGUACCUGGAGGGUUCGUCGGGGAAGAAGAAACCUGCGAGGAAGGAGAAGCGACAACGUGGGACGGGCGCUGAGACUUGUCAUCCGUCCACCAAGAUCAAGGCCUUAUUGGGUGACUUGGUGCAGUUCUCGAGGACGAAUCCAUACUCGUCAAAUUAUGAUCCGGAUUCAAUUGAAGUACAGAUGGUGGAUGAGAAGGGAGUCGAGGUCGAUGAAGGCGUUGUGAAAACGGUAGUUUUCUCACAAUGGACGACGAUGCUUGAUAAGAUUGAAGAAGCGCUAGAGUCGGCAGCUAUACGCUUUGACCGUUUAGACGGGACAAUGAAGCGAGACGAGCGGAUACGCGCAAUGGAUGCAUUAAAGUAUGAUCCAGCAUGCGAAGUGCUGCUUGUCAGCUUAAAGGCGGGAGGUGUUGGGCUGAACCUUACGGCUGCGCAACGAGUGUACCUCAUGGAUCCGUAUUGGAAUCCCGCUGUUGAGAACCAGGCAGUUGACCGUAUCCAUCGGCUAGGACAAACUCGACCAGUCACAACUGUGAAGCUAAUCAUCGAAAACUCGAUUGAAGCUCGCUUGUUAGAGGUCCAGAAGAAGAAAACCGAGCUUGCCAAUAUGACCCUUGGUUCAAACUUCAGCAAAGCGGAGCUUAUGACUCGUCGUAUGGAAGAACUAAACCAACUCUUUGGGUCGUAA